GGCGGCACCCGCUGCCCCGUCGCGGCUCUGCCUGCGCCGCCUCGCCAUGGAGCAGGGGCCGGCGGGGGGGUCAAGCGCCGCUGCCGCCGCUGCUGCCGCUGCCGGCACCGGGGGUCUGCUCCUGCCCCUGAGCGAGACCGAGCAGCAGCGCUACUCCGAGCUCUUCUCGCGGUGCUGCCCGCCCCCCGAGGCGGCCGCCGGGGGCAGCAGCGUGGGCGAGCUGUUCCGGGCCUCCCAGCUGCCCCCCGACACUCUGCACCAGAUUACAGAAGUUUGUGGAGCCAAGCGUGUGGGUUAUUUUGGUCCUGCUCAAUUUUAUAUUGCUUUGAAGUUAAUUGCAGCAGCACAGUCAGGGUUCCCAGUACGGAUUGAGAGCCUUAAGAAUGAAUUGCCUCUGCCACGAUUUAUGGCGCUGAAAAAUGACACUGAAGUACGUUAUGGGACUCCAGCAGAACUCCAUGGAGUUAAAUUUCAGGUUCCACAUGCAACUUUGGAAAAAAAUUCCUACAAAAGAACAGAUGAAGGGGACAAACAGGAACCCAAGUCUCCUCCAAUGUCUCCAAUCUGCUCACCUCCUGCUUCUCCAUCUACUUACCAGAGAAUACCCCUAAGUUACGGAUAUGGUAAAGCAAGAAGUGGUCUGGAGCAGCAACAUGGAGUUCUUUAUGAAGUCAGGCACUCUACUCACCAGCAAGAUGGACCAUCAUCAGGGAAUUAUGGAGCCAAAUCUUCACUCACCUGUUCAACUCCUAAACGGUCUCUUUCAGUGGAGCGGGAGCAGCAGGAUGGCAGCACCCACUACUCAGAUGACCCUUGGAGGAUAACGGAGGAGCAGCGGGAUUACUACAUUAACCAGUUCAGGUCCCUGCAGCCCGACCUGAAUGCCUUUAUUUCAGGUUCUGUAGCAAAGAAUUUCUUCACAAAAUCAAAGCUGCCUAUCCCAGAACUUUCUCACAUCUGGGAGCUGAGCGAUGUGGAUUGUGACGGGGCACUGACACUCCCAGAGUUUUGUGCUGCUUUCCACCUUGUGGUUGCGAGGAAGAAUGGUUACCAGCUGCCUGAGACUCUGCCGGAGACGCUGCUGCCUGAGUACCUCCAAGCAGCUUCUUUGAAGCCCAUGCAUGACUGUGCCCUGUUUGAUUCUUAUUCUGAGCCAUUGCCAGGCAAUCAGCAGACUUGGGACUUCAGUCGGACAGAGAAGUCAUCAGCUGAAGAGAAGAUACCUGAUAACUCUGCCCUGUUACAAGAUGGAAAGAAAGAUGACAAACAAGCUCUUAAAGUAAGCACUACUCUCAAAACUAUACCAAAGGAAUUUCAGCACUUGACUGUGAAAACAGCUCCUCAGGAAUCUAAUGCACUUAAAGCCAGACCACGAUCCAGGUCUUAUUCUAGCACAUCAAUAGAAGAUGCCAUGAAAAAGGGAGAAGAGCCCCCUACUCCACCUCCAAGGCCACAGAAAUCGCAUUCCAGAGCUUCCUCUUUGGAUCUGAACAGAAUAUUUCAGCAAAACACACAAGCUGUGAGGUCCGGCUGGCUGCCCCCACCACCACCUGCACUGCCCCCUCGACCUUCUGUAUCUCAGACAGAGCAACCAUCUGAGGUUGAUUUACAUCCUCAGAUGAAUAGACCCCCAUCGCAGGCAGAAGAAAACAGUUCAGCAAAAAAGGAGGUUGUUCUUGCUCAGCCGCCCUCCAAACCUGCCCGCAGGAAGCUCCGGACGGAGGCACAAGGGCUGGAGACCCCUGAGCUUUCUCCCACUAUAAACGUGACUUCUUCCCAGCCAGCAGCCAAGGCUCAUCUCCCCGUUCAAAAACAGUCUUCCAAGCAGAAAAGGGCUAUUCAGACCGCCAUACGAAAAAACAAAGAAGCCAAUGCUGUGCUCGCCAGGUUGAACAGUGAGCUCCAGCAGCAACUGAAGGAAGUUCACAAGGAACGAAUUGCCUUGGAAACGCAGCUGGAGCAGCUACGUCCUGUCACCGUCCUGUGACUUCCGCACCGCUGUGCAGCAACAAGAGCAGAGCACGUGUCCGACAGCCUUGCAAGGAGAGGACCUGGGUGUGGCUGAGCAGGGUUUCUGCCAAGGCAGUGGGGAGGACCAGCCUUGUAAGGUCUCCCUUCACCCCACUAUAUGCGUUUGCCUUUGCAGGUGAGGAAGAGACAGAAAACAAAUACCUGACUGCCAGAUAUUUCUGAGUGGGAGAUGCUUCGCCUUCUUUCCUCCCUCUUUCCAGCCUAAUGUGUAAAAGCAGUUUAUCACUGAAAUGAAUAACCUAAGAGUAUUUUAUUUAUGUAAAGGAUUCCUGAUUUAUAUGCAUUUUGGCAGCACCUCCUGCCCUGCUCAUUAAGAGGUACAGCAUUCCUGAAUUCUUGCUUAAAUUGAAAACUCGUCCACUGAGAUGUGCUCCUGGAUGUUACUGAUUCCUGCAGGAUUGUGUCAUGGUAGAGUACCCAUGGGUUUAACAUACCAUAGAAAUAAAACUCACAAGAUGUCCAGAACCUUUAUCCUUAAUCACAUGUCAAAUAAUUAUUUUCCUAGUACUGUUCAUUAUGCAAUCAUGGAUGUAUUUUAAUGUUAGAGAACUUGUAUUUUAGAAGCUCAAGGCGUAUGAGAGAACAGUAAAAAAUACUAAAAUGUAGUUAUUUUGGAAAUUGAAAAAAAAUCUUGUUUUGAGCUAUAGUUGUUUCUUAUCACUUGCAUGCAACUGCCAGUGUCUCUGCAUUCUUUUGGCAUAUUUGAAAUCAUUGAUUUAUAGCUUUUUUUUUUUUUUUUUUUUUUUUUUUUUUUUUUUUUUUUUUUUUUUUUUUUUUUUUUUUUUUUUUUUUUUUUUUUAACCAACUAUAUUUCUAACAACAGGUUAAAAAUGCAUUCAGGGCAUUUUUAUAAAAGCAGUUCUGUGUGCAUUUGUAUUAGUCUGCUUUGUUGUCUUAAUAGCUGCUGAUAUUUUUAAGGAUGUGUACAAGAACUGUAUUUCCAAAAGAAGAAAGAUAGCAAAAGUGCUAUGUAUGGGGCUAUAAAAUGUGUGAUGGAAAUAAUUGCCUUUUACAGCAGGCUUUCGUUAAGGUUCCUUUGCACAUCAGUGGAGAUGCUACUGAUAGGAUAAAGCUGCUAAUGCCUAUCUAUUUUCUAAAUGAAGAAGCAAAGAUGAAUUUUUAACUUGUGUUUGAUCCAGGGCCAACUGAAUCCCGUGGGGAUUUUUCCGUGGAUGCAGUGGUCGGUGGCUUUGGUCUCAGUUCUUACAAUGGAAGCUGGCUAGCUAAUGUUGCUGUAUUUUUUCGGGCAGCACCCUUAGGUUGGGUGACUUCAGCCAUAAUAAUAUCAGCCCUGCUCACACCAUGGGUAUGAUGUGCUUCACUGCAAGGGAAUGUCACCUACCUGUUACCCACCUUAAACGUGACGCUGCACGUUUCAUGUCCUUUUGCUCACUGACCUAAUUUAAGUGUAUGUGUUUGCCUUGCAGAAACAGUGCAAAAAUUUUGUCACUGUUGUUAGUGUGAUGCUUUCUCCCUGUAGCUAUAGGAUGGCCCUGGGCCUGAGAGGAAGGAGAAGCAGGCUUGAAGCAGCUGGGUAGCCUGUCUUCAGGGCAUGUAGUUGAAUGGCUGCUGUGGCAUAUCAGAGGGCACCAGAGCAGCCAAAAGUUUUGUUGAGAGAUAAGAAAGGCAUCAGUGAGAAUGUUUAAACUGAUGAGGAAACAGUCUACUUUUGCUGGAAGGAAUAUGGAUGUGGAACAUGAACCCAGAAGUCUAAAGGUGAAAAUUGCCAUUUGCAAAAUUGUUACUGAAACUCUGUUUUUGUGAUACAUUAGUUUUGAUUCAAUUAAACAUCACUAUGUCAACAAGAAACAACUGUUUUCUCUGGA